CGCCAUUCAUCGCCGUUUUUGUCGCCCUUGGUUCAGCUAGCCCGCGCUCUUCGCAGGGCUGUGUAUGAGUCUGCAUUGUCCGUCCCUUCACUUCAUUAUUGGUUUGUGUUGUCUGUUGCACUGGUGUGGUUUCAUGUCGUGUAUAUGGUGAGUCUGGGCUACUUUGGGUUCCCGAAUGCAGGCUAA